GGCAGGAUCUGCGCAAGCGCCUUCUCCUCGCUAUUUAUAGCGUGUCAGCGGGUCAGGAGCCUGGUCGUGACAGCAGCGGGACGGGCGGUGCGGUGCCUCUGCACACCCCACACCUCCCCGCUCCGCUGGGCCCUGCGCUGAGCCAGACCAGCUGCACCGCCGUGUCCUGACCAAAGGCUCCAGGGAUGGCGUAUGGCAAGCAGCACCCCGAGCCUGGCGACCUGAUCGAGAUCAAGCGACAACUUUACCAGCACUGGGCCCUCUACUUGGGGGAUGGAUAUGUCCUCAACGUGACACCUGUAGAUGAAGGGGCCCCAUCCCUGUUGGUGAGCACUGCCUCAAUAUUUACAAGAAAGGCCAAGGUGAAGAAGCAGCUCCUGAAAGAGGUGGUGGGAAAUAAUGACUGGGAGGUCAACAACAAGUAUGACCGCUCCCGCACUCCCCUCCCAGUGAAGGAGAUCAUCGAGCGUGCUGAGAGCUACGUUGACAUGGAGGUGACCUAUGAUGUGCUCGGCAAAAACUGUGAGCACUUUGUGACAAUGCUCCGCUACGGCGAGAGUGUCUCUGACCAGGCCAAGAUAGCAAUUGGUAGCAUGCUGGCAGUAGGAGCUGCUGCUGUUGUCUCCACUGUCUUGGUGGGCUUGCUCAGGGGCAAAUCCAGAGAGAAGGAGUACUGACGGCUUGUCAGGAAGAGCUCAGAGCAAGGCAGGGAGCCUCUGGGCAUGGAGGGUCACUGCCCAGCCUCUGCCAAAACUGCCAUUGGGCCUACUAACAACAGCCACUCUGAAAUAACCGAAUCAAAGCCUUAAUAAAAUCUAUAAAACCACCAAAAUAAUAUUACCAUAAAAUCCUC